CAAAUACAUCUGCAUUUACGCUAUAUUGCCAAAAGUGUUGGGACACCCCUUCAAAUCUUUGGAUUCAGGUAUUCCAAUCACCUCCAUGGCCACAGGUGUAUAAAAUCAAGCACUGAGGCAUGCAGACUGCUUCUACAAACAUUUGUGAAAGAAUGGGUCGCUCUCAGGAGCUCAGUGAAUUCAAGCGUGGUACCAUGAAAGGUUGCCACCUGUGCACUAAAUCUAUCUGUAAAGUUUACUUGCUACUAAAUACUCCACAGACAACUGUUAGAGGUACUAUAACAAAGUGGGAGAAACUGGGAACUAC